AUGGCACCUAUGCGCAUACACAAACCCAAGACCUACCCGCUCCGACUACGUCCGAUUGUCCAAAAUACCCCCAAAUAUGCUUUCGGUCCAUCCAGCCCUGAAACUACAAACCAUUCCAUACCAGACGAAGGUGUGAUUCGAGACGUCCCUUGGGGCCGCAUCAGAUCCCAGAUCUGGAUCGUAGACACGACCCAGCCUGACCCAAACCACGCCUUGUUACUCACCACCGGCACUGGCCGGAGCAGAAACCCGCGUUACUUCCACUCAUCUAUACCGAACAUAUCUUCCAUGAUUGAUGAAAUGUCACCAGAGCUGGACCCGGAUGAAGUCACGGAAAAGUUGGCCCAUCGGCUUUGUGAUGUAGAUGGACAGAAUGUGUCCCUCAUCGGAUGCGCGCGGUUUGUGGUGCUCGAGAAUGGUGACAGGGUCACCACAAAGCUCGUAGAGUCCUGUUUCUUGGGGACUACGCUGUACGAUAUCCACGUGAAAGUCGACUUUAAUGGAGAAUUUUGA